AUGCCGAAGAACGACGAUUGGAAAGAUGCAGAGCACCUACUCAGCGACCAUGAGUCUGAAUCCUUCCCCAAACACACACGGGGCGCGGUCCAGAAUCGACGUCCGUGGCAGCGGCGCCUUGGAUGCGCGAACCUCAUCUUCUUCAUGCUAAACAUUGGGCUUUUCAUAUAUCUUAUCUCAACUUCAGCGAGCCUGUCAGGUGCACUCUUUGGUGCAGUCGAGACUUCACGUCCUGGAGCGAUCCGGAAACAUGAACUUGCACCCGCGGCUGCAUCGAUAGAGUACGAAGACAUCGUCUUCACGGAUAGUGGCUUUCACGCGCGCCACAAGCAACCCAGCGUAUACGAAGGCCCACGCACCCACGAACAGGAUAACGCUUGGAUGAACUUGACCACAGGUCUGAGAUUGCCUCCGCCCAUACACUUGUAUACUUAUGUGUUCGCAGUUGGCUUCGUUUCCCUGAACGAGGGGCAGAAUCGCGCGCUCGUCAGCCCCAAUCAUUGCUUGGACUACCUGCGGCAGGUGAUCCAGUGUCACGGAGACAUCACACCACUAUCUGUUUUCUACAAGCCAGACAAGUCAAACUACGCUUUUGAUCAUGCUGUGACGCAUAGCUGCAGGAACUUUGACAAGAUCUAUGAAUGGGCGGUGGACCAUGCCGCGAAUGUUCACAUCGAGGGCUGA